AUGGAUUCCCGCAGCUAUCCAUAUUUCCCGCCGCCUCCGGGCCAGCCCGGCGCGGUGCCCCCGCCCCCGCUUCCACCGCGCGCCGUUAGCCCGGCGGCUAGCUAUCCUCCACCGCCGCCACCAUCGGUCUCGCACGCGCCAUAUCGACCGUCUCAAUACCUUCAAGCUCCCCAGAGCACCGGAUGGUCUCCAUCUACGUCUACUUCGAGCCAUGGGCACCAGCAGUCUUCUUACCCCAGUUCACCCAUCUCGCCCUCAGCCAUUCCUCAAGGAUAUGAUCCAGGGAAGUGGCCUCAACAACCGCAGUACGGGGCGACAAGUCCGUCAGGGCAGUAUCAACAUGCGGCUCAAGGAGUACAGGCUCACCAGAACCCAGCUUCUGCCUCACAGUUACCUAGUCCUAAGACCCAGGCAUCUCAGCCCUUCUACGCAGGGUUGAAGACCGAAAAGCUGCUUGGCUCCUACCAGAAUGUCAAGAAUAAAGCUCAGCAAAGACUGUCACAGUAUCUGGCGCAAUCAGGUCAACAAACGCAGCGUCGUGACUAUGGAUCACCGCAAACGCAGACACACAAUAUGAGCUUGCCGCCAAUUUCAUCCAUCUCGCCGGCGAGCACGACUUCACCGGUUCAUCAUCACAUCCCACAAGGCAAAAAUCAACAGGGCGCAUAUGAGAUUUCUACAGCGGCAUCUUGCCAGAGUCCUCAGUCGCAGUUCAAAGACGGUCCUUCACCAUCGUCACGGAGUCACCACUACCCCCCUCCGCCGCCGUUAUUAGUCAACACCCGGCCGGCGGAGAACCAUAAAGUUGUUCCGGCUGAUGCUCAGUACAUCACCGGUGAGCCUUAUCACUACCAAGAAUUUGGUCCAUCCAAUGUGGUGCAGGAGGAGACAUCAGCCUCUUCAUCUGCACUCAGUCCUGAAGCUGUCGCACCAGCCGAUCAACAGCACACAUCCUAUCCACCUCCGCCACCCACACCCCGAAAGAUGCCCCUUGAAGGUGAUGAUCCGAAUAAUGGCCAAAGCAACUUCAACGAUGCUGUGGCAAGUGUAUCUACCAGCUCCGAAUCAACAGCCUCUUCGAUGCUGAUUCAUAACUUACCCCUGAGACCUGCACCGGCACCUUCUGGGCAGCGACCAGAAUCCAAAGACUCGCCGCUCUCUGUUCAGCAGCGACCUACUACAAACACUGAGCAACUCCGUUUUCGGGAGGAAAAUACCAGCUUUCAGAGCAGCCCUGAACGAACAAACACAUCGAAGAGCUCAGACCCUGUCCUCGAUGGAUGGAGAAGAGCCGUACCAAUACCCGUCUUUUCCGAAGACGGCAAGCCCAACGAUAUCAUGUGGGAUUGUCCCGAAUCACGAGUCGUCGACUACGAGACUGAUUGGUAUCACCUACCCGACAUCCCAAACUUCACCAUCUGUACCUGCUGCUACGACAUGUACCUUGCAGCUACUCCCCUUUCAGACUCGUUCAAACGUGUCCGGAGGCCCAGAGGGGCAUGUGGCUUGAAGGCUCAUCGCGUCACCAAAGUAAUAAUACCCCAAUACCUGAAAACGCUAGACCCUCAGCCUCUCCGAGACUACAUGACGAAACGUCUCAGCAUCCAAGACUGUCACGGUGUGGGCGGCGUCAAGGGAACUGCAGGCGUCAAGUGGUUCAAGCCACUUGAUGCGAGACUGAAUGGCUUCCUUUCAUGCGAAGCCUGCUUUGAAGAGGUAAUCCUAGGCACAGCGUUCCAUCAAAACUGGGCACCCUACGACUCAACUCAAGCCGAGGAUGAUGUUUGGGCGUGCGAUAUCUGCAUUCCCUACAUCGGUCGGAUCUUGAUCGACUACUCCUUGACUCGUACCUGGGAAGACUGGACCCAAUCGACUGUCAAAUACCUAAAUCUCCCAAAGUGCGAAAAAGAAUUGGCCGUUUCCCCCUUUUCUCGACAAUGGGUGCGCUUAUCCGGCGGACGCGUACCCAACCUCAAAAUCUGCGAGAAAUGCUUCGCCGAGAAUUUGGCAUCCACACCACUUGACUAUGGAUUCGAAUUCAUUCCUGUAGAGCCAAUUACCAAGGGACCGAACUGGAUGGAGGUGGCACUCGGACAUCGCAUACAAGAACCCGAACCCUGGCUCUGCAGCGUGACGAACAAUUUCCCUCUGGUUGCGGCCAUGUCCAUGGCUAAAGACCUGAGAAACAUCGAUGCUCUUGUCAGAGCAGCAGAGAAUGUCCUCGCGAACUCUCCGUGUACCGAGAAGGGGACCUCUCGAGAUACGUGGUACACCUUGGCUGGCGGCGACGCGCCCGAGGACUUCAAAAUCUGCCCGGCUUGUCACGCGGCGUGGGUCAGCCCUCUCAAGCUUGAUCGAUUCUAUGAGGUAGAAAGAGGUGUAAACCCCACAAAGCCAUUUGUCUGUAGUCUUCAUCCCUCAAAUCCGCGAUGGACGGAGCAUAUUCAUCGGUGGCAGGAGGCUCUUGAGACGGGUGUCUGGUCAAGAUACUCCAACUGGGUCCGCGCGUUCGCCGAUGUUCCACCCUGCGCAGGAGAUGGACAGAUUACGAACGCCAAGUGGUACGGCUGGGACGACUGCACCAUAUGUGCGGAUUGCUGGGUCACUUUCUGCAAAGACGCACAUCCCGCCGCCGCCAGCCUGCCGAUGGAUUACCACAAACAGCUCGUAUCAGACGCGAGGAUGUGCUGCAUGUACUCCCCGCGCAUGCGACAGAAAUGGGUGGAAGCCUGUGAAGCAGGCAAUGCAGGCGGUCUCGUCGAGUUCUCCAGGACGAGAAUACAGGUGUACUACCAGACGGUGGUGGAGAUUCGACGAUUGAGAGUCGUGCACGAGAUGCAGGUCCUGCAGUCCCAGAAUGCCGGCACCCAGAGCCUCACCUGGGCAUCCAUAGAGAAGACCAGGCUCCUUGUUGGGACUGACGGGUACCAACACGGAAACAGCACGCUGGGAUGGCAUGCGACGAGCGAGGGGGCCACAAGUGCAGCGUACAUGCGAGAGAUGAAUAGUCUUGCGGGCCAGUCUUGGGGCACACUGAUCCAGAUUGAGAAUUUGCAGAACCAGUGGAAGAUGUUCGAGUGA